UGGGAAGAAUGCUCCUUACAUUGGGGGGUCAGUGGGAAGAAUGUCCCUUACAUUGGGGGGUCAGUGGGAAGAAUGCUCCUUACAUUGGGGGGUCAGUGGGAAGAAUGUCCCUUACAUUGGGGGGUCAGUGGGAAGAAUGCUCCUUACAUUGGUGGUCAGUGGGAAGAAUGUUCCUUACAUUGGGGGGUCAGUGGGAAGAAUGCUCCUUACAUUGGUGAUCAGUGGGAAGAAUGUUCCUUACAUUGGGGGGUCAGUGGGAAGAAUGCUCCUUACAUUGGUGAUCAGUGGGAAGAAUGCUCCUUACAUUGGUGGUCAGUGGGAAGAAUGCUCCUUACAUUGGUGAUCAGUGGGAAGAAUGCUCCUUACAUUGGGGGUCAGUGGGAAGAAUGCCCCUUACAUUGGUGAUCAGUGGGAAGAAUGCUCCUUACAUUGGUGGUCAGUGGGAAGAAUGCUCCUUAUAUUGGUGUCAGUGGGAAGAAUGUCCCUUACAUUGGUGAUCAGUGGGAA